GUUUUGUCAAGUGGUGGGGAGGAUAAUCUAUUUUGGCUUUUUUUAUCGUGUAAGUAAGCAGUUAGGAAGUUGUUUUAGGUCCGCGUUCUGGACCAGCACAGCCUCGGGUUCGAUAGUCUUUUUGACACGUGAUAGUAGUCGUGCGGCGAAGUGUACUAGUAGCAGCUUGUUCCUCGUAGAUUCGGGUGUUAACUCAGUAAAGUACGUUGAUAAAAAACCAUGCCAGAGGACAGGAGCAGAAGUCCGUACCGCGGGGGAGCGCCUUCUGCGUCAUCCGCAGUGCCGCAGGAUUCGCCGGGUUUUCGAGCUUUCCUCAACAGUAAAGGCAUCUACCCGCUGAGCACGUCAGUGCAGCAGGAAAGCUGUGGCUCGAAUAAACAGGGAGCGUCUUCAUCGUCUUCGUCUUCGAGCGCGAAUCACCACUGGAACAAUAAUCAGAACUGGAAUGGACAGAAUCAGAACUGGAGCAAUCAGUAUGAUGGGAUUGGGAACUGGAGUAACGCUACCUGGAACGAAUCGAACUACGUUCAGCCGGCACGACAAGCGCAUAAGUCGCAGCCGUCUUCUGGGAAACAACCUUUGCAACCGUCGGCCGGGUCCGGAUCGGGAUCCGCUUCCUCGUCUUCCGCGCCGAAGUGGGCCCAAAAAAAGAACAACUAUGAGAUUUUGCGCGAAGAGACCACUAUGGCGGCGGACUCGCUAAAAGUCGACAUGCCCCUCUCGUCUCCCAGAGAAGAAGUACCUCCCAUGCCAGUCAGCAAUCACUUCGCCGCGGCAGGAGGGCAACUACAGUCACCUGCUGCAGAGAAGCCAACGCUGCCCGCCGAACUUCUUGACAACGCAGAACUUGUGAAGGAGAUGCUGAAGUCGAUAGAAGAAAAUGGCGGCGUGAAAAAUUGGCGAGAGUUGCUGCACAAGAAAAAGGUUUUGAAGAAGCUCGUCGAGUCUGCGGACCAGUUUUUGGAAAGCGACGACGAAGCCGAUAUGGACCAUGAGGAGGGGUUGGACCAGGAUUCGGAAGGAGAGUUGUCGGAGGAAGGAGAGGAUGAAAUGGACUCCAAUAUCGUCGGCCGGCCGCAGCAAGGGGAGCCGGGGUUCAACAACUGGCUACGACCCAAAUUGCAAACAGCGCUCCAGAAAUUUGACAGGGAGGAGCAGCAGAAGAAAGCUCCGGGUGGUCGGAACGCUGUGAAACCGCUUUUGAAGCACCAGUUUCUAGUGAAGCACCUUUUCGAAAAUAACUUUUGCAGACGACUUCUCGUCGAUCAUGCGACGUACAACUGGAGCUACUGA